AUGGCGUCGGCGGGCCGCUGGGCGUGGAUGGCGGAGGUGGCGGGCGAGGAGCUGGCGAAGCUGGAGGCGGCGCACCCGGGCCGCUUCGGCCCGCUCAAGGCCGAGCUCGAACGCCUCGUCGCCGACCCCGGCUUGGACGAGGCAGCGUUCCCGCUCGUCUCACCGCGCGCCGGUACCACUCCGGCCGCCUCUUCGUCCCUGCUUGCUGCUGCUCCUUCGCGCACGGUGCCCGUGUGCACUCAAGAGUCGUCGACCCGGAAGAGAAAGCCGCGCGGCAGCCGGGAGGAGGUGAAGCGGAGACGGCGGCCGAGCGCGCCGCCGGGAGGGACGAAGGACGGGGCCAACUUGGCCAUCGAGCGCGCCCAGCGGUGCCCAGAGAGGAUCCGCGCUGUCAAGCAGAGCUUGCUUGCCGCUUGGAUUCACUGA